AUGGAGGCUGAGUCGUCCGACUUUGUCGAUACUACUUUUGGUAACUUGGGCCCGGCAGCUCAGACGUGGUACCGCGACUUUAAGAUUUCUCUUGGUGACCAGCCAGCUACGUGGACCAUAUUCAAGCAAAGAAUUCGUGAGCGCUUCCGAGAGGCAGACUUCCAGCAUAAGGUGCUGUCGAGGUUGCAUAACCUUCGAUGGAGUGGGUCCCAGCAGGCGUACACAGCGAAAUCCCUGCACUUGCUGUCUCAACUCGACUGCGAGCUGCCUGAAGUGGUCAAACGUUGGUAUUACCAACAGAAACUUCGCUCUGACACUAGCGCUUUUGUGUCACAAAAUGUACCGUCGACACUUAAAAAAGUCAUCGAGCUAGCUCAACGCUUCGAAGAUUCUCGAGCGACAAUCCCUGGACCAGGUGUUCAGAAGGAUCAGCGGGGCGAUAAACCUCAAAGCAAGCCACAAUCUCAGAAGAAGAACCCUGUAGCGUCAUCCAAGCCCCAUCAGUCUCUUGAUACGACUGGGAGGAAUGGUGACAGGCCUAGUUGUGCGUAUUGCGAAAAACCAGGUCAUACCGAGGCUGUCUGCUUCAAGAAGAAGGCGGAUGCCAAGGUGUUGACUUCAAAAAACGCUUAG